GAUCAAAAGAGAUAAGGUUCCGAGGAGUGAGAAAGAGACCUUGGGGAAGAUUCGCUGCAGAGAUCAGAGAUCCAAGGCAAAAAUCUAGGGUUUGGCUGGGGACUUUCGAUUCAGCCCAAGACGCAGCUCGAGCCUACGAUGCCGCUGCUCCUUCGCUUCAGGGACCCAAGGCCAAGAUCAACUUUCCAUUAACCACUCCUUCAAGAGCCUACGAUGCCGGUGUUGCCGGAUGAAAGAAGGGGUCGAAUGGCAUGGGCUCGGUAGAGAAGAGUUGAGAGGUGAGCAGAGAAGCGGAGGAGAGAAGGGAGAUUUGGCGAGGGAGGUGCAAGUCGACGAGACUGGGAUCGGGAGGAGUCGGGUUUAGUGGUUUUAAAUUUGACUUCAUUACUGAUCGAUUGAGAACGAGAAA